AUGGUACUGACCACCACGUGUUCUUCUGUUCUUUUAUUGAUUUUAGGGAACCACCUAGACGACUACGUCUUGGUCGGGUGCUACGCGGACAGCCAGAGCGGUCGGAUCAUGUUCAACAAACAGUCAGAGGAUGUCAUGUCUGCAUCCGUGAGUUGCACCGUACUAUUGCUGAGGACUCUCGCUUUUUGGAUUGGUGCUUGGCGCGCGCAGAUCUGCUUCGACCUGUGCAACGACGGCACCAACACGCACUUCGGCACCCAGUACGGGGAAGAGUGCUGGUGCGGUAUACACCCGGCCCUGGCGAGGCACGGGGAGCUGGACAUCGAUAGUUGCGACUUUCCCUGCGCGGGCAACGAAGAAGAGACCUGCGGUGGGUUCGACAAAAUGACCGUGUACGACAUCCAAGCCGUGAACGGUGGCACCGGCACCGACUACGAGGGCUGCUUCCGCGACGCGCUGCCCCGGGCGAUGCCGGGGGACCCCCUCGUGUUUGACGCCAUGACCAACAAGAUGUUUUUCGCCCGUGGCCUGUUGUGA